AACGGAGCUUGAAGAAAAUGGCGUCCCUGCAACGAUGUCAUUUUGUAUUCAGCCUGGCGCUGCUCCACAACAGGAACAAAAGACAAGCGAAGCGAGGCGAGGCGAGGCGAGGCGAGGCUGGAGGGAGCCUUGACCCCUAUCCGGCAGCUCAUGGAUGCUAGACUACUUGCUUCUUCGACCGCUCAUCACAUCUUCCUUGAGCAUACGAGCAUACAGAGGUCCACCGACCAACGAUGUCUCUACAUUCCUCGCCUCAUUCCAACGCCGGUCAUGCUCCCAAUGCCCUCCCCUCUGCCUACCCCACUUGGCCCACACUGGUCCUCUCGGCACUUCAUCCGCAACUGCUGAUCCUCUAUACGUACUUUGCGCUCAUUGCCUUUCUUCUGCAUCGAGUCGUGUUCAAGUCCAUCUUUGCAGAGAGGGUGCCUAGCAAGGGGAGAGAGGUGGAAGCAGCCACUUGGGCCGCUCUGGCGGUACUUAGCUUGGGAAGCACAUGGACGUACAUGUUUCGGUACUUUUCUGCCUCCUACCAGGCAUGGCUAGCUCGAGCAAACCUCACUUCGCAGGGCGUCCCUGCUAUCCCAGUUUGUGAGCCUGGCACCUCCCUAUUGCGAGGACUCCUUUCCUCUUCGCCCUGCCACAUCUCCUACGCCGCAUCGCACUUGCAACGAUGCACCCUCUGGCUCUCAAGCACAAGUCUCUUCCUGGAAGCAUGGAACAAAGUCGUCGACAAUGAAGCCAACUACUGGUGGAGCCUCGAGGUCUGUUUGUUUACAGUAGGAGCAUGGACCAUCUUCCUGCAGACUCAGCGUCGCCGACUGGGAGUUCCACAGCUGUGGGCUUACAUGUUGUUGGGCCAGACGGUAGCCAUCUCCUUUGCAGCUUGUCUGUUCAACGUCGCACUUGCACUGAGACCUCUACCCGAGGGAAGCCUUGUGCAGACGGCAGCGCUCAGGAGCUCUUCCGCUGAUGAAGCGUUGCCUGGGCAGGUACUGGAGGUUCAAGAGGAGGUCAUCACGGAGGAAGCUCAGGACGAGGACAGGACUACGGGUGGGAAGAUUGUGUCUCAGACAAUUAAACGCAAGACUAUAUCUCAGUAUCUCAUCGAAGCGCCUUCAACGCACCCCUCUCUGGCCUCUCGGCUUCUCCUCUGGUCAUUGACGCUCUUGGCAGCAUUCAGCCUCAAAGACCGUCCUACUACGGCGCUCAGCGUUGCUGUCAUGCACUUGUUGCCGCUAGCGCUUACUCUGCCGCACCAGUGGCUUCAUCGCCUCGAAGAGAGCAUUGAACAUCGUCUGCUGAGCCCAAAGGCAGGUGACGAGGACGAAGCAGGCAUCCACGCAAGCAACGCCCGUCUUCAGGGUAUUCUUCGCCCAUCGAGCCUUCUCGCUGUUCUCGCUGGCUGGGGAUUUCUCAUGAAGGCCUGGACUACGAUUGCGCUCUCUCGCACUAUCACGACUUCGGUUUCAGCGUACGACCGCGUCCAUUUGGGACGGGCGACUUUGCUGAGGAAUCUCAUCUACCCGAUCACCUUCCACUCGCACCCUGCGCAGAGCAGCAUCAGCUCAGAUGCCGUCGGUCUGGCGCUGUUCACUAUGCUGUUCAUUGCUUUAGACGCAUAUCAUCUGCCUCAGAGCGUGGCACGGCUCGGUUCACCGCCUCCGGAGGAGACAAGGCUGCAGAAGAGAGACCCUAAGACGACAACAACGAUCCCUGCAAGGCUUUCGUUCACACAACACCACCUCUUCGCCGGCUGGUACGCGCCUUCUGUCCUACUGGUUCUCCUCACCCCUGUUCUGGGACCUAUGACGACUUUUCCCGCCUGGUUGUCGCUGAGGGAACUUCAAUUGGAGAAGGCGGAGCUGGAGGACGAGCGACUUCUGAGGGCCGAGGCGGGCGAGGGCGUAGGGCUGGUUGUCAAGGAGACUCGCGAGGAGAUUGUCAGCACUCGUCCGGCUGCAAAGAAGUGAAAGCAGCACAAGAUACGAGAAGGGGAAGAGCUAUGGUUUACGACUUGUCAUGACCGACUGACGACUUCACGGCUUAAGUAAUGGACAAGUGGUGACAUGAAUACCUCGUCUUCGUGUGCGGGCUUGACCGGCUGGGUGUGCCGAGUAGCCUACACCCGCGGCUUGAUGGCCAUGGGCGGCGGAGCGCUCCAAGUCAGUCGGAGGCCACAACGGAAAGGCGGCGGCGGCGGCGGCGGCGUGGCUGCAGCACCGCGAUUGUGUCCAGAAUGCACAGACGACGACUUUCCCCG